AUGGAUAACUUUGAUAAUUGGAAUGACGUAGCAACUUCGUCAAAACCAGUGGCAAUGAAUCCUGAAGGUCUUGAUCAAUAUUUAUCAGGUUAUGAUGAAAUUGAUAAUUUAUUCAAUGAAACAUUAAAUGGUUUACAAGAUUUGGAUGUUCCUUCUGGUUUCGUCACCAAUUCUGUACUUAAUUCUUCUGUUAAUAUGCAAUUCAGUCACUCUGCUUCUCAUUCUAUAAAUCAUACUGCUAAACAUAGCAGGAAGAUUUCGGGUACAGCAAUUUUUGGAUUUAAUGAUCAUAAUCGUGAAUUAUCUAUAUCUGGAUUAACAAGUGAUUUAUAUAAAUCAAUAAAGCCAUCUAUGGAUUUAGGUAAAUCUAUUUCUCCUGGAGAAUUAUUAAAAUCUUUAGGAGUCAACAAUGAUACAAUCAAUCAACAUGAAAUCAUGUAUAAUAAUGAUAGUGUUCAACAACAAUUAGAUGUAGGUAAUCAAUUUCUUAUUAAUGAAGAAGAUGAGUAUGAAGAACAUAAUAAACCACAACAGCAACAGACUAAAAAGAAUGACUAUAUUGUUACUAAUAAUAAUCCUACAUCCUACAAAUUCCCACCAUCUGCUCCAUCCAAUACCACUAACAAUAAUAACAAUAACAAUAAUGGCCAAUAUCAAUGGGUUAAUAAUUACUCAGCCAAAUAUCUCCAAGACAUCAAUAAUUCAGGUAUAAGGCAACAGCAAAUGAACUAUGUUGAUGAUAUAGAGCCUUUGUUAGAUAAUAAUAAUGCCAAUAAUAAUUUGAGAACUCCAUCUCCUCCUCAACUGUCAUCAACUCCAUCUCAUUCCAAUAAGUCUUCUCCUAACAAGCCUGCAAUGAAAUAUGUUCCUAUUCCUAUCCAACAACCUGUUCAGCAGCAGCAGCAGCAACAACAACAACAACAACCAAUAAGCAUAAAUCAUAACAACGCUUUCUUACCUCCACCAUCACCACCUACUCUUUCACAUGGAUCUCCAGAAUGGCAAUCGUCUCCUGAACCUCGAUCUCCAUCUCCAUCACCAAACAGAUCCAUCCGUAGUUAUGAUAGUAACAAAUUCUCAUCUCCUAUUCAUCAACAACUAAGAAAUGCCAAUGUCAACUUCCAUACUCCUCAAUUCUUCUCGGAAGGAGCAUCUUCACAUUUCCAACUUCAGUCAUCACCAAUAUAUGUACAACAUCCUCAACAAAUGAAUAGCUCACCUCUUAGAGCUUCACCUAUUAAAUACUACAGUUCACCAAUAAGAAAUCAAACUUAUGCUACAGCAGAUGAUACCAUUGAAGAUUCUAAUGCUACCAUUACUCAAUUAACUCCCUUAAAACAUAAUUUACCACCCCAAACACCAAGUAAUAAUAGUAAAACUUCUACAUUAGAAUGGAGUCCAAUCAUUCUGCCUGGAGCUAGUGUAAGUUCAUUAGAUUUAAAGAAACAAAUUCAACAAUCUUCACCACGUAAAAGAAUAAAGAAAACAUCACUUUUACCACCUGGAGAAUUAGAUCAAUAUUGGAUAGGACCUGAUGAAAAUAAAGUAUUUACAUGUACUUAUAAGAAUUGUGGAAAGAAAUUUACUAGAAGAUAUAAUGUAAGAUCACAUAUUCAAACUCAUUUAAGUGAUAGACCAUUUUCAUGUUCUUAUUGUCCUAAACGAUUUGUUAGACAACAUGAUUUAAAUAGGCAUGUUAAGGGACAUUUAGAAGCUAGACAUUGUCAAUGUCCAUGUGGUAAAGAAUUUGCUAGAUUAGAUGCUUUAAAGAAGCAUAGAGAAAGAAAUAUAUGUGUUGGAGGAAUAGUUGGUUGUGUAAGUAAACCAACUAAAAGGCUUAUGAAACCAGUCAAUAUUAAUCCUAGUACUAGUCAAGAUGAUCAUGAUAAGGAAGAAGAAGAAGAACAAGAACAAGAUCAUGAUCAUGAUCAAGAAGAUGAAGAAGAAGAUGAUGACUUCUUAGCUGAUACUGACGAUAUUCUCUUACCCAUAGAUAUGGACACUAGUCACAGUGAAGUCAUGUCGUGACAGGCACAACACACGCACCACAAAUACUGAGACAUUUCAUUCACUUCAUAAUCAUUAAUUAAUUUCAGUUCUACUACCUCACUCCCAUUUUCGGUUUAUUAUUAUUACUUUUUAAUCACUAUUAUUAUUAUUAUUAUUAUUAUUAUUAUUAUUAUUAUUAUUAUUAUU